ACCUGCAAUGGAUGGCAGGGUGCUCCAAUGCCCAGGUUUGGGCAUGGUGCAUUCUUGACAUGCCUAGAGGCUCUGUACAAGAAGAUCACAGGGUACACACUGACCUACUCGGCCCUGGUUGGCAAGCCAUGCGAGAUCACCUACCACUACGCCGUCAGCAAGGUCGAGGCCCAGGCGAUCAAGGCCGGCAACGUCAAUCCCAUCCGCCACAUCUACUGCAUCGGCGACAACGUCAACGCCGACGUGUUCGGCGCCAACCUGUACAACGAGUUUCUGCAGAACCGCGCCACGCCGGAGCCGGUGCCGCAGCAGCGCAACUACAGCCUGGUGAACCGGGACGGCACGCUGAAGGAGCACCGCAGUCGCGCCGAGCGCUGCUUCAGCGUGCUCGUGCAGACGGGCGUGCACUUCGGGCCGGGCGGCGAGCGCAAGUGGGAGAGCGACCACUCGCCGCGCGACUUCCUGCCGGUCGACGAGCGCCUGCUGCAGCCAGACUUCGACUGCCGCGACGUGCUGGACGCCAUCCACCUCAUCUUCGAGCGCGAGAGCUUCGUCAGCUGAUACCUUCACUGGGCGGGCAUCUGCGCCGGGCGCGGUUAGGAUCGAUUUAGGUAGGGAGAGGAGCAGCAACUGCCAGCCGCACUCUGUUGCACGUGCACGAAAAGUCGGUGACGUGCGAAAUUUUUAGACAUGUAAAUUUAUUUCCUCAGUGGCAGGGCAUUGUCGAGUGAGGUGACAGGCCUGGAGGGUAUCCGUAGACAGUGUGGAAAAGCGCGUUGUCUGAUGCCCCUGCGGCAAAUAGGAACGUUAUCGUGCACUCAACAUGCUGUAAUGCUCGUAUUUGGGUCACAAUUGUUUUGGUUCGACACGUUUUCCUACAUGUUAUUUAGUUCACGGGAUAAAGAUCACAUGGUGUGGACGCUUUUUAUUUUCACCAUUGGUUUGCAACUGGUGAUCGUGCCAGUAUGAGCCAUUUUGUCAGAUAUAAAUCCUGCGCCCGAAUGCUGUGAAUUUCGACCGAUCUUGGUUCUAUAAGCGGGGUGAACACUUGGUUUGAACCCCUCAGGUGCUAUUAAUGUUAUUUAUUAAUAUAUCUGUGACCUCAUCA